AUAGUGAGGACACAGAGGAAACAAUGGAAUCAGAAGGGAACGAAGCAGCUCCAUUAUUGGCGAGUAAAAAGAAUAAACAGAAAAAUAUAAGAAACCACUGGCUUUUUGUUGCGGCCUUUUCGGCUGUUUUGGGCAAUUUCAUUUUUGGAUAUGCCAUGGUAUUUCCGUCCGCUGUGAUCCCACAGCUUCAGGUGGAGAAAGAUAUAAAUCUGCACAUGGAUGUUCAUCAGAUUUCCUGGUUUGGGUCUGUUUUUGCGAUUGGAGCUAUAGUAGGAGGGUUGAGUGCCAUGGUGAUGAAUGACAGAAUUGGAAGGAAACACACCAUCAUGAUAUCCGUAAUUCCCUCCACGGCAGGGUUUGUCAUGAUGGUGGCAGCGCAUAAAGUGUGGUUGCUUCUCCUUGGCAGACUGCUCACAGGCAUCGCUGGUGGCAUUACAGCCAGCUCCAUUCCUGUCUACGUGUCAGAGAUUUCACAUCCAGGUGUUAGAGGAGCCCUAGGAUCUGGUCCACAGAUAAUGGCUGUGUUUGGAAGUCUGGCACUCUAUCUUUUGGGCUUGGUUCUGCCAUGGCGAUGGCUGGCUGUAGCUGGGGAAGUUCCUGUUUUGGUUAUGCUAUUCCUCCUGUGCUUCAUGCCAAACUCCCCACGUUACCUCAUCACCAACGACAAACGAGACGAGGCCUCCAGAGCCCUCAAAUGGCUCAGGGGCCCUGAUUCAAACUACAUUGCUGAACUUAAUCAAAUUGAGCGCAGUGUCAAUUCACAGGUUAAAAUACAGUGGUCAGAUUUCAGGAGUCCUUUCAUGUACAAGCCAAUCUUGAUCUCUAUGCUUAUGAGAUUCCUGCAGCAGAUGACAGGUAUUACACCCAUCUUGGUUUAUCUUCAGCCUAUUUUUGAGAAAACAUCCAUUUCAUUGGCACCCAAGUUUGAUGCAGCAAUAGUAGGAGUUGUUAGACUGCUGUCUGUUGCAAUCGCAGCCGCUUUAAUGGACAAAGCUGGCAGGAAAGCUCUGCUUUACACAUCAGCAUUUAUAAUGUAUCUGGCCACACUGACAAUGACCAUAUACACCCACAAAACAUCGUGUGAUACUGGGAACAUUACUGCUGAGGUCCCAUUGACUGGAGAUGCAUAUGGAGCCAUGGCAGGCCAUGCCAUAAGCUCCAGCACACUUAUCCCCCUCAUCAGCAUCAUGUUUAUAAUAUUUGGAUAUGCAAUGGGCUGGGGUCCUAUCACAUGGCUACUGAUGGCAGAGAUUCUGCCAACUGCAGCACGCGGCGUUGCUUCAGGCAUGUGUGUGGUAGUCAGCUGGGCCACUGCUUUUAUGCUGACACAACUCUUCAUGCACGUAGUGGAGGCAUAUGGACUUUUUGCACCCUUUCUGUUCUUCUGUGUAAUCUGCGUGCUGAACAUCAUAUUCACAGCCAAAUGUGUGCCUGAAACAAAAGGGAGAACACUGGAGGAAAUUGAGAACUAUUUCAGAACUGGACGCACCUUCACCAUUGCUGAGAGUUAAUCCUACUGCAAUCAGGGAAACUUGAAAAAGAAUUUACACUUAUGGAAUUUCGAGUUAUGGUUCCCAAGGAAAAUUUACAGGCUAGUGUUCUGUACGAAUAAAUAUACCAUUUAUAUAUGACUGAUUCUAGCUGAGAAAAUAUGCAUUGUUCGCUGAUGAAGCAAUCCAAACCACUUCUACUUUUAUUAAUGCUGUGGGUUUGGUUGAACUGUUCGGUACGCUCGGAACGAAACACACAUUGCACAAGAUACUGAAAACCAAUGAAUAAGCGGUUAUUCUGACCACAGUCAUACUCAUGGGUGUGUCAAUUGUAAGUAAGAAGUUUUGAUUUCACUAUUUAUUUGGAUGGCAUUUCUUAGGUUAUGUAAGAAAUCAAAUAAAUCUUGUGAACUCCAAA